AUGUCAAGUAUUAUUGGGCAAUUUGCGGUUCCUAGGGACAAUAGUUUUAUUUCUAAGGUAUCUUCAAAACAACGUUGUUUCACUGCUGCAACCUCAGCCACUUCCCGAGGCGGUCAGCGUGCCCGUUGGUCAUUGCAAGUGGGUAAUGAGAUCGAAACUGAACGACGAACUGGAGGCUACCAGCCUACUCUUUGGGAUUACGACUCUAUUCAAUCGUUCGAAUUUGAGUAUAAGGAAGAGAAGCAACUUGAAAAGGCGGCAACUCUGACUGAGAAGGUGAAGAGAUUGUUGCUGCAGGAACAACGUUUGGAGCUGAUCGAUGAUCUAAGAAGGAUCGGUAUAUCUUGUCAUUUUCGAAACGAAAUCAAUCAAAUAUUAAACUCCAAAUAUUUGGAGAAGAAUGAGUUAGAUGAAAGGGAUUUGUACUCAACAUCUCUUAGAUUCAGACUCCUCAGACAAUUUGGCUUCACCAUCUCUCAAGAUGUGUUUGAUUGUUUCAAGAAUGACAAGGCUACUGAUUUCGAUACCAAAGGAUUGUUACAACUUUACGAAGCUUCGUUCCUAGCAACACAUGGCGAAGAAACGCUAGAAAUUGCUAGAGAAUUUGCUGCUAAAUCUCUGCAUAAAAGAGUAGUUGAUCAUGAAAUUGAUGGCAUUCAUCUCUUAUCAUCAGUUGAAGCUGCAUUGGAGUUCCCUUCUCAUUGGAUGGUUCAAAUGCCAAACGCAAAAUCCUUCAUCGAUGCUUACAGAAGGAGGCCGGACAUGAAUCCAGAUGUGCUAGAGCUAGCCAUAUUGGACAUAAACAAUGUUCAAGCCCAAUUUCUAGAAGAACUCAAGGAGACAUCUAGGUGGUGGGAGAGCACUGGACUUGCUCAAGAGCUUCCCUUCAUAAGAGAUAGAAUAGUGGAAUGCUACUAUUGGACGACUGGAGUCAUUGAACGUCGUGAACAUGGAUUCGAGAGGAUAAUGAUCACCAAAAUAUUUGCUCUUAUUACAGCUAUAGAUGAUAUCUAUGAUGUGUAUGGUACACUUGAAGAGCUCCAACUAUUCACAGAUGCUAUUCGAAGAUGGGAUAUUGAAUCAAUUGACAAACUUCCUCCUUAUAUGAAAGUGUGUUAUCUUGCACUAUAUAACUUUGUGAAUGAGAUGGCUUACUUUACUCUCAAGGAUAAAGGCUUCAACUCCAUCCCAUUUCUACGGAAAACGUGGUUAGAUUUGGUUGAGAGGUAUUUUAAAGAGGCUAAUUGGUACCACAAAGGAUAUAAACCUAGCUUGGAAGAAUACAUCAACAAUGCUUGGAUAUCAAUAGGAGGUGUCCCCAUUCUAUCCCACCUUUUUUUCAUGCUAACGGAUUCGACUGAGGAGGAGGCUGCUGAGAGCGCGCACAAAUACCAUGAUAUUAUUCGUGCAUCGUGUACGAUUACAAGGCUUGCUGACGAUAUGGGAACAUCACUGGAUGAGGUGAAGAGAGGCGACGUCCCAAAAUCAGUUCAGUGUUACAUGAAUGAGAACAAUGCUUCGGAAGAAGAGGCGCGAAAGCAUGUUCGAUCACUCAUAGAGCACACAUGGAAGCUGAUGAAUAAGGAAAUGAUGGAAUCUCCAUUUUCAACAUGUUUCGUAGAAGUUUGUGCUAAUCUUGCUAGAACGGCACAACUUAUUUACCAGAAGGAAUCUGAUGGAUUUGGAAUGCAACACUCACUGGUUAACAAACAGCUCAGGAAAUUGUUGUUCGAACCUUAUGAAUAAAAGAUCAGAUAUAUAUGCAUGCCAAGGCAACAAUCUGCUGUCUUGAAAAAUCAAUAAGAAGAAGGAAUAUAUAUAAUGCUACUAGUAUAUUCUGUCUGUACUACACCAUAUUCAAUGGUAAGAUAAUGUUACA